AUGUCCUUUUCCACCAGCACUGCGGUGGGAGAAGGGCAUAGGGGAGAGGAGGGCUCAUCUGCUGUGUGUCUGUAGGUGCAGCAGCAGGAGAGGAGGGUGAAGCUGUAUGGGCUCAGAGACCUGCAGGAGAAGCUGGAGAAGCUGGCUGGCUCCAAAACAGAUUUGUCAGCCAAAGCAGUCUUCAGUGAAGAGGAAAAACUGAAGAUUUCCAAAGAACUCCUUGAUCUUCAGGUCGAGACCAACAAAAUGAAGGAACAGUAUGAGAUGGAGAACUUUGAACUGAAAAAUAUGAUCCUGUCCCUGGAGAACCGUGUGCAGGAGCUGGAGCUCUGCAGUGAGAAGGUCACAGGGGAACGGGAUGCUUUACGGGAACAUCUGCAUGCUCUGGAGAUCAGUCGGAAGGAGCUGGGGGAUGAGUACAUCAUUUUGAAAAGCAACUACCUGGCCCUAGCCAAAGAACUGGACCAGGAGGUCAUGAAGAAUGAAGAGCUCAGCCUGGAGCUACUCAACACCAGGAGAACCCUUCCUGGCACAGACAACAACCACUCCCCAGCCAUGGCCAAGGAAUCCUCUCCUGACCUGGGAAGAGUGCGAGCAGCAGAGCGCCUACCCUCAGCUCGGAAAGUGAAUUUGCUUGGAAACCAGGAUCACAUAAAAACAGAGCUUGAAAGACUGAAGGAAACCUAUGAUUUGCAGCAGCAGAAGCUGGAAGAGAGAGUGCUGUUGAUGGAAAAGGAGCUGCAGGAGGCCAAGGGAGCAAUUGGGAAUGCAGAACAGAAGCUGGUGGAGCAGUCAGUGGUGCUGCUCACCUCCCAGAGCCAGCUCCAAGAGGUGGGGGCAGAGAACUCCAGGUUGCAGCUGCAGCUGAAGAAGCUGAAUGAGGAAUACCGCUGCCGGCUCACACAGUACAUCAAGGACGUGGCGAACUACAUGGACAGCAAAUCGAUCAACCUAACAGGACCCAGAAAAGCCCCAGGUGACCCUGCUGCCCUGAAACACUUUAUGGACAACAUGCUGAAGGAUAUCAGGGCUUCCUACAAGUUUCGGGAAGAGCAGUUGGCUGGAGCAGCACGUGGCUACAAGAAACGUAUGAAGAACUUGGUCAAGAAGCAUGAAAACCUGCUGAUUGCUUAUGGGCUCCAGCGAGAGCAGCUCCGCUCCUUGGGUGGCAGCAAUGUGGAUUGUGGCCCUGCUGAGCUCCACUUCUCCAUCACAGACCCAGAGCUGCUGACAAACACCACGCGGGAGCUCAAUCGGUUGCGGGAGGAUAAAGUCAAACUGGAGAUGCAGCUCUGUGACCUGCAGAAGAAAAGACCGAAAGAAACCUCUGCCUUUCCACUGUCUCCUGAGCAGCAGCUGGGUGAGGAGGGCUGGGCAGAGGUCAGGAAGCAGCUCCGAGAGUUCACCCGAACUACACAGGAGGAUUUGGAGGAGGAGAGGAGCCAGCUGCUGACACGGGCGGUGGUGGCAGAGGAGCAGGUACUGGAGAUGCAGGAAUACAUAGAUAAGCAUCUUGUGAGGUACCAGCAGGAGAUCCUUCAGCUGAAGAAGAUCAGUGGCAGUGAGGUGCCACGUGUGCUCAGUGCUGGGUCAACCAGAGCCAGAAAGACCAUGAGCCACCAACCAUAGCUCCUCACCACAGCUGUGGGAAAUGGUAGGAUUGUAGGAAACAGCAGGAUUGAAAAGGAGGGAGCUUGGAAAAUCCUUCUCCAGCUGAGAGUUGCGAGGCACAGCAAGGG